GUCACUACACCACCUCUGCAGCCGUCUUCCCCGAAGGGGCGACCAGCCGUGCUGAGCUCACGGCUGCUCAUGGCUGCCAGCAGUGCCUAUCUGCCCUGCCCUGCUUGGCUGCUUUGAAGUUGCACAGCGUUUACACCGGCUCAGCAGAGGGAGUAGCGCUGCCGCCUCAUGCUGCCGUGCAUUUCUCGUGCAGCAGCAAUGACCCAGGAAGGGUUUGACUAAAAUUUGUGAUAUCCGGGUUUGACUUCUAAUGAAGCUGAAGUCAAUUGCUACUGGCAGAGGGCAGAUGCACUCUCCUUCAAUGAGAUACACGAAUGCUGGACAUUGAUGUUAGACCACUGUCACCAUAGGAGAGGAGUAGAGUUCAGUUGGUCUACUCGCUGAGUGGUUCCACUCAAUGCAUUGUGUGGGGCACUGACUGGUUAUGAAGGACAGGCACAGGUCUCAACUUCCCUGAAUCACACACCGCUGAUGGGCCCUGCUGCUGAUAGGAACUACUGGAGGACUGCACUGAUUUGACGGGAAAUCAACUUUCAUUUGUCCUCUUAGUUUAAUCACCAUCAUGACAGACAGUUGAUCGUUGCACGUUGACCUUUAGUGACUCUCGUAAGGUUGAGGGCUCCUUGGCACUUGCGGACUCAUGUUAAGUAUCCCUACGCUGACUCUGCCAUGUGCUUUUACAAAGAACAGAGUACUUUGAAGUGGUCAAGGUCAUCAGCUAGGCUCUGAUGCUCAACUGAACUGACCAAAAGGGAGUGACAGCGGGCUUUCUCUGGCACAUGGCAAGAUUUUGAGGAACGAGGACUUGGAGAACGCUUCUCCGCACAAUGGGCAUUUUUGGACCCAAAGGAGCACGUCUCGUCUUCUCGUGUGUGUCAGCAGUUGGAGCCACCAAGUUUGCCCCCCAGGCCGACUGGGACCUCCAGUACUCAGCUGAUGCGCUCACCGCCGAAGAGCUGCGCUCGCACCGGUUGACUCCUGCUUCCUCGCUCUCAACGCCUGCCGGCGAAAUAAUGAGGAGGAACAAGAAGAACCCGAAUGACAUCCAAGUCCCAAUUUUUUAUGCCACCAACCGGGAGCCCCUUUCCGCUGCCGAGCGCCAACGACACCCCCGCAAGUUCUUCGGCCAGGUCGGCAAGACCUCGCCCGGGUUGAACCUAGGGUUAGGGCGGGUUAGGAUCAGAGAGGACGCGUUCAAGCUAUCGAACCUGCAGGACGAGCGAGACGCAAGACGGCUGGAGGAGAUUGCCCCGUGUAAAGAUGAGGCGGAGUGGAAGAAGAAACUGCGGGAGGCGCUGAACGGGGAUGUCAAGAAGUCGAUCAUUGUGUUUGUGCAUGGGUGCUUCACUGACUUUCCCAGAGGCCUGGAGUACGGAGGGCUCGUCAAGCACGGGUGUAACUUCUCGGGCCCCAUGGUGGUGUUCAGCUGGCCGUCAAUCGGACACAAGGUCCAGAGCCGGCCGUAUGCCAAGGACGAAAAGUGCGUCAAAUGGACCGUCCCGCAACUCAAGGAGUUUCUGCACAUGUUGCUGACGGAGUUCGAGGCCAAGGUGCACGUGCUGAGCUACAGCAUGGGCGCGCGCGCGGUGGUGGGCGCACUGGACCUGCUCGAGGAAGAAGUGCUCGCGCUCGAUGAUAAGCUCAAAAAGGACGGCAGCCACCUGAAGGCCGCCCUGCAGGACAAGCUGCGGAGCGUCGUCACCCGUGGCGAAGAAGCGGCCGCCGGAAUGAAAGUCGGGGUGCGGGAGCUUGGCAACAUCCUCGCGAGAGAACGUGACCUCCUCAAAGAGAAGGCCGCGUCCCUGCGGGGCGCACCGCUAAACCUGAACGACGGGCCUGACAUAAACCCCAGCGGAGACUUGGGUUACGGGCAGCAUCGAGAGGCUGGUUAUGGUGAGGGUUUGCCGCUGACUGGAGACGCCGGCGAUGAAGAGUCGCCCAGAAGUCGGGGGGCAGUGACGAGUUCGGGGCGGGCAGAGGAACGGGGUUUGGGGCUAACGACUGCGAAGGUUAAGGAGGGGUUUAGCGAGGAGCGGGUUAAGGAGUGGGAGGCGUUGCGCGCCAAGCUGGGGCAUCUGAUAUUCAUGGCGCCCGACGAAGAAGUCGAGAGGUUUCGUCACACUGCGCGACGGUGGACCCAGAGUUUGCGGAACCGGGUUAGCGGCCGAACCCAGGGGGCCUCCGAGGAGGUCAAGGAGCGGGUUAGGACGGAUCUAGAGGCAGACGGGCCGCAGGCAGUGGAAGAGGCGGCAAAGCGGGGGGGCGCACGGCCGGAUGACGUCAUCAUCGCUGCGAAAGUUGCGGGAUUGUCGGCGGAGAUCCCGCGUCUCAUGAGUUCACCCGCCGUGCUUCAGGGCGACGAUAACCAUGCGAACGAGCGAUGCGUGCCGCCUGCGCUACACCUCGCGCUUACGAGUACGAGCGUCUCGGUCACCCCCCGCUUUUCCGGCUGGCAAAACGUUCUGGGCAGCGAUGGACCCGAAUCCGGCAAAGGCGCGGAAUGCGAACAAGAGGAAGACAUUCCAGGGAAGCCCGUGGGAGACGGCGCAGAGAAUGUGCUCAUGGUCUCGCCGAGUCGCCUGACUACCAUCUUCUCGGGCAAGGCGCUCGAUCUGAACCCACGGAACUUCGUCAAACCCGUCGGUAAUUUGACAACGGACCUUAGUCAAAGCCUUCCCCACGAGACUGCCUCCGAGACUCCCGCCCUCCUUCUUCCGAGAACGCAGUCCACCCCAGUCAUCUACCCGGCGGGAGCCGAUGCCCCGCCCAGAUCGCCGUCCGCUGACGUCAUCCCUCCCUCUGAUGAUGUCUUCCCGCCGGCUGCUGACGUUAUCUCCCCUGGAGUGAGCGAGAGGGCCUUCCCUGGCUAUCCGAGGUCGUUCCAAGGAAGCUUCCGCCCUAGUUCGCCUUCUGCCAGCUCAACGUCGAGCCGCACCCCCUCCAGGUCCUCCUCCUCGACGGACUUGGUCGGCGAGGAGCUCCAGCAGGCCCUGUUGUGGGAGCACUUGCACGCCGCCGCCCUGGACGGCUACAGCGACCGCAGCAGCGACGCCUCCAGCAGGGCCUCCAGCCGCGCCCCUUCCCGAACGCCCUCGCUCGCCGACCUUGGCAGCAGUCACAGCAGCUUCAACGAUCCCACUCAGAACGGUGCGCCGAUCUGCGGAGAGGAAUCCCUGUCGACAGCUGGCGACCGGCAUUUGACAGCUGGCGGCGAUAGAGUUACAUUGUCGGGAGAAGUUGGCGUGGAAGAGGGCACGAGCGGUGUGACAGCCGGCGUGAGCCCCGAAGUGACAGCUGGUGCGGGCGUCGCGACAGCUGGCAAGCCGGGGGAAAAGGCCCUGUGGCGGAGAAAGUCGCUCCCCGCCAUGGCCCUUCACCUGUCCAGCUCGGCCCCGGUCCUGGCCCCUGGCAGCCUCGAGUGGCGCUUCCUGCACCGGCCAACCGCAGAACGAAACGUGUCCACGUCAAGACCCUCGCCGCCCGCGUCCUUCGAUGACGUCAGCGCGUCCGAAGACGACGUCAGCGCGACGGGCCCGCGCUUCAGCCUGUACACGUCACAGAGCGAUUGGGCUCUGAAGCUGGCGGGGCUCGCGACGACCAAGCCGUGGGCGCGCGGGCUCGCGCGCAUGGUUGCGUUUGGGGACCCGGGGAAGAACGACCUGGGGCGGCGGGUCGGCGCGGUUCUGCUGGUGGAGGAAGGGUACGAAACGAUCGAUGCGACGGAGGUCAGCAUCGGGUCCAGGAACAUGGGGCACCACUACUUGUUCCACAGGUGCAUUCUGGAGGACAUCACGCACCUGCUGAGUGGGGCGAACGCGCACAAGCGGCGCUUCGAGGCGACCACUCCCGACGGGAAGGUCUACUGGAAGAUUGAGCGUGGCGACUACAAGCCCGCAGCUGCGCCGUCCCCCGCGCUGUAUCCGACUUGGAGCACUGUACAUAUGAUGGAGAGCACAAAAGUGGCCCCCGCGGAGCGACAACUCCUCUUUUUCACCAGCGACGAAGUUGCAAUCAACUUCAACUAUUGAGUGUAAGUAAUAAUCGAGAGUAACAUUGAAGAAUACUGGCCUGAUUGAGGAGAAAACAGUCGUUGAGGUAAUCUUCGGGCAAUUGUCGCUCGGAAUAUUUCACGUAGCUACUGCUUAUGUUGACCGUAACUGAUUCAAGGCCUAUUUUGAGGUUCAGGUCUGUUUUGCAGCUACAUAGCAAGUAAGCGUUCAGCCUCAAGUGUGGGAGGUGUAAUAAGCUACUUUCAAAUCAACACUGGCGAGAUAGCCCGGCCCUUUGACAACUAGUUUCGUAUCCAGCUUAUACCUCG